AUGGGUGCAGCACAAAGAGUGAUCAAGAUCAACAAAGAUGAUGAUAGCAGUAGAGUGCUCUCUGUUAAACUAAGAGAUCAUUUGUUAGUCACCCUGACAGAGAAUAAUGUGGUAAAGCUUUACGAGUAUACAUCAGACAGUGGAUUUGUAUUCAAACUACAAUGGUACUUUGGUGAUCCAUCAUCAACUCAAAAUAUCGUAGAAUGCGUUGAUGUGUUGCCUCAUAUUUAUAUCCUAGUGAUUGCUCAAAGAGGAUCAAGGUGCAUGUUUUUUGAUAUAAACAAAGGAUCAAAUCAUGAUCCAAUUCAAGUGCUCAAAGGUGGAAGUCAUCCUUGGUUCAUUCCUGAUUCAAUCGCUGUCAAUCAAGACUAUUUUGCUGUUGCUGGUAGGAAACCAUCGGCAGUGUUUAUAUGGAAUUGGCGAAAAGGGAUCAGAUUAUCGAGCAGGGCAUUUGAUAAUCAGCCUCAUCAUGUAUUUUUAUCAGGUGAUAACCUCAUCACCUUCAGCACAGAUGGAUUACUGCACAUCUUUGAUAUAUUUGACUGCACCAAGUAUACAGCAGCUACACACUAUAUGAGCCCCUGUAGUAUACCCUGUGUCGAGUACGAUAGCUCUCUUAAUGUUGUAAUAGCCCCUCACGCUUCUCGUCGCAUUCAUCAUUAUCAAUGGGACCCAUCUAUUCGACAAGAGCAAGACAGCAUCAAGUUUGCACCAUCCGUCUCAGUUCCUCUGGCUUCAUCUCGUAAAAGAUUCUCCACAGCUUUCAUUCACUUACUAGGCAUUAAAACAACAACAAGUGACCAUCAGAACCUGAAGUUAUCCUCAUCCAAAUCAGCCAAUACAUCCAACUCGAAAAAGUCCUCGCAUAAAUUGACAAGUAUUCGAAGACAUUCGUCUUAUAACGAUUACGGAUACGCAUGUCAGAUGAAAACAGAUCAAUAUAUCAGACAGCUGAGCAAAACGAAGCAACAAGAAGAAGAACAAGUAUGUUUGCCAAAUUUUGAUCAAGGGCCCAAACUCAUACACUCAAUUCGUACGACACCCCUAGGCCCUGCUGCCACUGAAAUAGUCAGCGUAGCCAUUCAUCAGGAUAGGAUUGCUACUGUCAACAGGCAGGGUGAUAUCGCUCUCUAUGCUCUAAACGGUACGACGGCAGCGAGAGUAAGCAGUGCUUUGUGUAUGAAUGAUACACACCAAACAUGGAUGGAGGAUAAUAGCCAACAUGGCAGAGAGGAUGAUGAUUUAUCAGAUGGUUACGAUUUUGUUAGAUCAAGAUUAGCUAUGGGAACAAUGGGACUUAUCUAUGGAGGCAAAGGCGGAUCUUUGUGGUGGCUAGACUUUAGCUGUAGAGCAAUGUAA